AUGUCGAAAUACAAAACAGAAAUACCCCAGGCGAGUAGAGCUAAGCGCUCAGAAUCUCGCACUGAUUUAUCAGUCAGCCUCAAGGAUUCUGGGGGAGGCAGAACUUCGGCAGUACCAGAUAAAAAACGGAAAACCAACAGGAACAUCUUGGUUUCAACAUACAACAUUCGCACAAUGAGACUAGAAGAGCACUUAUUAAGUCUAGAAAAAGAACUUCAAACCAUCAAAUGGGAUAUACUUGGAAUUAGUGAGACCAGAAUGAAAGGCGAGGCCAAUAUGAUUCUGAAAUCUGGCCAUGUACUUUUUCAAAGAAAUUCAGAAACAGGUCACCACAUAGGAGGAGUGGCGAUCAUGGUCAAUAGCAGAAUAAAACAUCUUGUCACUAAGAGCAAAGCCAUAUCAGAUCGUGUUAUCUAUAUCAUGCUGCAUCUGAACAGAGUACAAAGCAUACAGAUCAUACAGGCAUACGCCCCCACAUCCGCAUCAACAGACGAAGACGUUGAACAAUUUUAUGAAGACCUAACGACAGCUAAGAACCAAGAGAACACCAAAUUCAAGAUCAUAAUGGGUGACUUUAAUGCCAAGGUAGGACAGAGAACAGCGACAGACGGUCUGAACAUCGGAAACUUUGGACUGGGGACACGAAACAUUAGAGGCGAAAUGUUGCUUGACUUCCUGAACAAAGAACAAAUGUACUGCAUGAACACAUUCUUUAAGAAGCAGCCUCAAAGGAAAUGGACUUGGAGAAGUCCAGACGGCGCAAUAAAAAAUGAGAUAGAUUAUAUCCUCACUACAGAUAAAUAA